AUUGAACCCCCCACAGUUACUCUGACAUUUAGUGAUGUAGACAGUUCCUUUAUAUCUGCAUCAGAGACCUUGGUCAAUGCUUCAGCAAUGUCAGAGACUUCCAGUGUGUCCUGUGGCACCAGUUGCUCAUCUGGAUCUCAGGAUACAGUAAUUCUUUCCUCACCUGAACAUCUGAGUCAGCGUUUACAGCGCUGGCCUACCAGUUUUUCUGUUCCUCGCUUUGCUUAUGACACUGAGCUUUUACUUGCUUCAGGAAAUGAAGCUUUCAAAAAGGAUGGAACUAAACUCAACUUUAUUCCAGUUCUUCCAGAUAUCCUUGAGAAAUUGGCUGAAACGAUCUUUCAGUAUGUUGCCUACCCAACAUCUGCACAGUUAGCAGAUGUAGCUGAAGCACUUGUUCGACAGCAUCCAUGCCUUAAAGAACCAGGAUCCUAUAAUGGAUGCUAUGGAUGGCAACAAAGACUAAAAUAUAAAAUGGGCAAUUACAGAAGUAAACUCAGAGGGCUUGGGUGCCCUGAGCUGGAUGUGAACUCUCUCAAAAGAAAGCAAGCACAUGAGAAGACACCUUCAAAGAAUCUUAAAAAGCCAAGAAAGGCUGAGGUGAACUAUUUGCCACCUAACCCACAAGGAGAAACAGAGGAAAGUUUGGAAAAGGAAAGAUUGCAACUUCUUGAUGAAGUGAAGAAGAGGAACAACUAUCGGAUCAUCAGUGAAAAAAUGGCCAAAACAUUCUCGAGUCGCAGACAGGAAGUUGUUAAUCUGGCACCACCUGUCAGUGACUUCAAAAGUAGAUGGCCUGCACUUUUUGAUGCAACACAGAUAAAUGACGAGUUCCAAAGGAUCACCACUGUUAACUUGGAAACAACAUUCAUGGCAAAACUGGACCAGUAUUCCGCAAGAAUAAUGUCCCUGGCCUCUUCAAAAGCAGGUGCUGCAAAAAUUAAGAUCGAGCGCAUCAGGAACAUGCUGCAAGAGAGUUCGGUGGAAAUAAAAGAGAGGUCGCAAUCCGUUGCCUGAUGGUGUAUCUGAAAGAGAAAGAAGAGGAUCUCUUCAGAGAACAGCUGGAUGGUGAAGAACAGUUCCCAGAAGAAGUGGUAAAGAUUGUAGUCACCAGACGUGCAGCAGUGUCUCUCCCAGCCAUCGCUAAAAUUGUGAUUGAAGGAACAGCAGUCCUGGAAGACCUUGAUGUGCCCAGAGCGUGUGCCUUAAUGAUGGGGCUUAUAUACGCUCUCAAUCUGAGCUACCCAAAACAAGUAAAGAACACUCUAGAGGUAUUCCAGAAGGUAUUUCUGGAACUUGAUGGGCUUAAAGCCAGUCCACGGGUAAUGUCUCUUAAGUGCAAACUUCUGUUGUGAAACGAAUGUGAAUUGGAGUGUAGCAUUCCGAUGUGCCUCUUACGUUUUUGUAUCCAGUCCUACAUGAAUGUAGUUUUGAGAGAAGUUCGUAUUACAUAUAACCUUAGCUUUGGAUUGUUCCAUUGUUGAACAUUAAAAUCUUUUUUCAUUUCCUUGAUUCUGUGACAAGUUGACUAAGUUGAUACCAAUUUAAGUUAAUGUUAAUGUACAUGAAGAACUUUUUUUUGCUUAGUCAUUUAUAAUUAAAGGGCUGCGUAAUGUUUCAUUUAUGUUGUAUUGACACAGAAGUGUAUUACUUUGAAAAAGUUUUGUAAUAAAAUAAUAAA